ACACAGAAAUGCGAAAUAACACUUGAUACACGACGCAUCUUAUCUCACGUCCGUCGGGGCGAAACUGCGGCCGUAUAAUACAAGGGAGGAAAUAAAAUACACAGUAUAAAUUCAUACGGUAGAUGAUAUCUGUUAACACAUCGCGUCGGUGUAGAUCGAUACUCAUUCGCCUUACCGUUCCAUUGACUUUCCUGCAGCUCUGCUGGCAAGUACAUCAACGUCUCUUAACUUAAUCUAGAAGAAAAUUCGACUAAAUUAAUAAGAAAUUAUAGACAUUGUGCGACUGCCGAGAAAAUAUUUAUCUCGUUAUUAUAAAGAAAACAGGAAUCAGAAACUGAACUUUUCAAAUUACCUUCUAUCCGAACAAAAAACCCGAUUGGUCCUGGUCGCCAUGAUCAAAUGCCUGUUUUGGCUUUACACCUUCUGUAGAAUUGUUUUUGCCGGAGAGAAUCGGUUUCUGGUUCAUGAUAAGCCCAAAUCCUGGAUCUCUGAGACAGACUAUCGAACCAUGCUGAAGGAAUCGUUUCCGUUCGCAAGAUGCUGCAAUGUGUUUAUCAAUGGUACAUUCCAUGAGGUGGAAGAAUCCUUGAAUGACUUUCUCCAAGCAUAUUCCUACUCUUAUAUCAUUCUCGAGAGUUCCUACGACUGUCAGGGUUACUUGUUGAUUUCAUCAACUGAAGAAAGGCUGCUCUGGGCACUGAGCAAAGUUCCGUCAACGAUUUCCACUACGGAGAUAUUGUUAAUUUAUGACAGCGAUUUACCGGCGAAUUCGCAAUUGUUCAACGGAUCAAUGUACAAGAAUGCCAACGUGAACUUGGUGUCCGUUUCCGGGAUUUGGAGUCUCUCUGAGAAUUUUUUACAGCCAAGAAGUUUUGAGAAAGUUGAGAGAUACACAGACCUGCGGUUCAAAAAUGGACUGUCAAAUUUCAAAGGUAGGGAACUGCAAAUCGCCUCCUACUACAACCCUCCGAUGAUGUAUCUGAAGAGAACGGUGAAGAAAACUGUAAAAGGAAUUGAAGCUGAGAUAUACUUGACGGAUAAUGAUGUCGAAAGAGACGGUAUCGAGCUGCAGAUAUUCAUGUUAAUUGCAGAGCGGUUAAAUUUCACUUGGAGCAUCAGAUCCCCGUCGGGAGAAGACAGGUACGGACGGAUCAUUAAUAACAGAACAUGGCAAGGAGGGAUGAUCGGUCAGCUGUUGAGCAAGGAGGUCGAUCUCGCAUUCGGAGGCAUAUGGCUGAAAGAGGAUCACAACAUAUUUACAAAUCUGACAGGCCCUUGGGGUCUGUUGGAGAUAAGGUUCCUGGUCCCACGUCCGAAGCCCUUCACGAGUUUUUGGGCGCUAACGAAGCCCUUCACCCCCUUGGUUUGGACUUGGGUUAUUCUCACUGUGAUGUGGCAGACAUGCUACAUGACGAUAAGAGCAAGAGUGAAACCCCAAGAGAGCACGAAUCGUUUUCGUCGCUUUUCUUACACCUGUAUGGAGCUGAUGGGUCGAUUGAUCGGAAUCUGGAUGCCAAGGAAAAUUUUGGGCGUCAAAAUUCAGCUUCAAUUCUGGCAAUUUGCGGGGCUCGUCUUGGUCACCGCCUAUUGCAGCAGUCUGGCUGCCAGUUUGGCCGGCGCUGAAUACGAAGAAAGGAUAGAUACUGUCAAACAAUUCGUUGAAGCUGGUUUGACUUGGGGCAGAGAAGGUCCUUCGCCAAUGUUUCAGGAUUAUUUCGACCUUAACGACAAAUACUCGGCGAUACUUCCCCAACGAUUCAAGACCGAGAAAAAUAACGGUGACAGACACCAAAGAAUUUUGAUGGGAAAAUACGCGAUAAUUGGUCGAGUGGUUGGCGGUGUUUUUUUCCCUGAAAAUCACGUGGAGGGUCCGGACUUUCACAAUUACCGACUAAUGGUGAAUUCAGUUGGCGGCUACUACUUAUGCUUUGCAAUGCAGCCGUGGCUAUUGGAUAAAGUAAACACGAUGAUGCUGUGGGCCACUGAAACUGGCUUCACAUCUUUUUACCUCAAAGACGUUAUUCGUCGUCGGGCUGGGUCCAGUUUGAGGGAAGUUUUGGUCGAGCACGACAAGAAUAACGGAACAGCAAGAGCCUUGGCCCUGACUCCGCUGGCUUCCGGUUUCGUCAUGCUGCUCGUCGGACUGACCGUGGCAUCUGUAGUCUUCUUUUUUGAAUUCUUUUCCGAGAAUAAAUCAGAUGAAUCUCCGGAUUUGGUCUACCCGAAAAACGGGGAAGCUGACGUCGCGAAGUGCUGCGAGGAGAAAGACUUCCGGCAGGCACUAAGCGAACUGAAAUAUCAUCACCAAUGAAUUGCUUGAUCAUUG